AUGUCCGACAAAACCGGAACGCUAACAGAAAACCAGAUGGUCUUUCGUCGCUGUUCCUUGAGAGGACGUGAUUUUGGUGGCCACUCAGUAGCAGCAGCUAUUGACCAGCCGGACGAUCGGCUUGGCAGACCACGGCCUUCCAAGGACCGAGGCCUGGAAGCUCUCCUCAGUCGUGCCGUUCGGGAAGCUGACAUUGACAGCCCAAUAUAUCUGUUCUUUCUCACGAUGGCCAUUUGCAACACUGUUGUCGUGAACGCAAAACCUCAUGAGGAUCUUAUGGAUCCCGAUGGUGACAUGAUCGACAACAGCGUCGAGGAAUCGGAAACUACUGAGAGGCUAACGAUUUCACCGUUGAGUGUCAAGUUCCUUGAGGAAGUGGAGGAGGAAGUACCACAAGGGCAGGACUUGAAGAGUCCUCGAGAAAGCAUCGAACUUAUAGAUCUCCAUGAAGACAAGGAUGACUCUCCGCCGGUAGCUCCUGUUACGGAAAUGAUCUCUAGUGACGUGAAAGAGAAAAGCUCACAGACUUCAUUGAAAAGCAUGGCUGCCAUUCCUGGUAUUCUGCAUCGGCCAUCCUUGCUCAGCCUUGCUCGCCUCAAAGGGAUAAAGGAGCUUAGUCCGUUUCCGAAG